ACGCAGAAUGUUCCUCUUUUUUUACCGGACUACUUGAAUAUUGCACUAUUUCCCUCCAAAGCCCUGGUGCAUUUCUCCGCUCCACUCUCCGUUCACCAUCCUCCCCCUCCCCUUGAGGAGGCAGCUGCCAUGGUAACUGCUGACUCAUCCCUGUACAGUCGUCUACCAGCAGCUCCAUGUGCAGCGGGGCCUUCCAUCCUCCAGGCCUGAGUGGCAGCCCUUCGCAUGGGAAACGUACCGGCCUCCGUCAAGCACUGCCUGAGCUACGAGCAACUGGUCCAGGAGAAUCCAUGGCUGAGACGCUGGCUGCUGGAGGAGAAGACGAUAUCGGGGUAUCCAAAGUUUGUCAAAAUCGUGGAAGUGGGUCCGAGAGACGGGCUUCAAAAUGAGAAGGAAAUCGUCCCGACCGAGGUGAAAAUCCAGCUGAUAGACAUGCUCUCCAGAACCGGCCUGUCGGUUAUUGAGGCCACCAGCUUCGUGUCUUCAAAGUGGGUACCCCAGAUGGCCGACCACUCUGAGGUGCUCAGAGGAAUCCAGAGAGCACUCAAUGUUCAGUACCCGGUGCUGACACCAAACAUGAAGGGCUUCCAGGACGCCGUGGAGGCCGGUGCAACUGAAGUCGCCGUGUUUGCGUCAGCAUCUGAGACCUUCAGUAAAAAGAACAUUAACUGUUCUAUUGAUGAAAGCAUGCAGAGGUUUCAGGAAGUCAUCAACAGCGCUAAAGAGCGCCAGAUUCCGGUGCGCGGAUAUGUUUCUUGUGUCCUGGGAUGCCCUCACGAAGGACACAUCGAUCCCUCUAAAGUUGCUGAGGUGGCUAAGCGGUUAUAUCAAAUGGGAUGCUACGAGAUCUCACUUGGUGACACGAUCGGCGUCGGGAGUCCAGGUUCCAUGAGUCAGAUGCUGCGGAGUGUGAUGAAAGAGGUGCCCACUGAAGCGCUAGCCGUUCACUGCCAUGACACGUACGGUCAAGCGCUUCCUAACAUCCUCGUUGCACUUCAGAUGGGGGUCCGUGUGGUGGAUUCUGCAGUUGCUGGGUUGGGAGGUUGCCCGUACGCUCAGGGUUCGUCUGGCAAUGUUUCAACAGAGGAUGUGCUCUACAUGCUCCACGGCAUGGGCAUUGAAACGGGGGUGGAUCUGUCUCGAGUCAUUGAGGCUGGCGACUUCAUCUGCAACGCUUUAAGACGCCAGACAAGCUCCAAAGUCGCUCGAGCGAGAAACAGGACACUGGAGUGCUCAACUUUGUGAGAGAUAAUGAGAUCCUGUGCUCUGUUGACAAGUGCUUCCUCUGUCUAUUAUGCUGCUCUGCAUUCAUCACCAUCAACGUUCCCCUAUUCCACGGGAAUUUUCCUUUUCCGCUUCUUUUAUUGGCCCUUUCAAACUGUGGAAUAUCUGCAGGAUUAAUGAACCACCUUAUUGUGAUUUCAUUUUUUUUCGACAAUGUCAGACAGAACGUUGGCCGCUCGAAUCCACUAGAGGCUGUUGAUUGUGACCAAGACCCUGGGGAGAAUUCAUGAAUACAUCAGCAACUUGCCAAACACUGCUUUAAUUCCUUAUACCUUCUUAUCACUGAGGAAAGUCAGUGGAUCUCAGUGGCUUGCUGGAACCUUAAGAGAGUUAUGAAGUAAGAGCUAGUUAGUAAUGGUGACUUUUUUUUUACCCUCUUCUUUUUCAACGCUUCUCAUCAAUGCGACCAUUGGCGUCCCUUGUCGCUGCAUCUAUCCUCCACCCUGACCACUUCUAUGGACCUACAUUUCCAACGUUGCCUCCCCAUGCUUCAAAAAAACUUUGUCUAAUAAACUCCCGUAAAUUCCGGACUAGACUUAGACAUAGACUUUCUUUAUUGUCAUUGCACAAAAACAUAUCCCUAUAUCAUGGCAACGAAAUUUCGGUCUGAGGCCUCCGGUUUCCAAAAACAAGAGCGCACCAGAAUAUUUGCCACACCCAUGCUAUUUCACAAAGGAAAAUAAAUCUUGUUCCUUACAUAAAGAACACAAGAAAAAAAAGGAGUGGCUUAUAGUCCAAAGAUUAUGCUAAUUUCUGAAGUUCUUAACCACUCCCAAAGCCUCCUCCAUCUGUCCCACCCUGCCUGCACUCUCUUCUUCACCUUCCUUGAUCUCUCCCUAUUACUCUAGUGCCUGAUUCCAUUUUUUUUUUUCACAAUCCUUUAAAGAAACAUCCUGGAAACAUGCUUUUUUAAAUUAACCUAACAUUGAAAUGUAAAAGCUUUUUUUUUGACUUGGUGCAAGGUGUUAAAAUAAAAUAAAAUAAAAAGAUGAAUCUUGUUUUUCAACAUGUAAAUUCCAGACUCAUAGAUAUUCAAUGCAACGACAAAAGAGAAAACGCCAUGAUUUAAUAAAACGGAAUAUUUUUUAUAUGCCAUUGUUUAUUUAUUUGCCGCCAGUGCACCUCAGCUCUCCUCUGUUUUACUCUUGUGCAGUGCUCGAGAAGACGCAGAGCAGAGGUGAAGUCCAAUCUCAACAGAGAUGUUUGUUGUACCUUAUUACCUCAGUGCGUUGCUGGAAAGAACAUAUUUUCUUCCGCCUGCCUGAAAGUGUCUACUGCCGCUUCCUUAAUACACACAAAUAGUAAAUUCAGAAUGAAAUAUUGAUAUUAUUAACUGGUGUACAACCUUGUCAAUCACUGUAAGACAACAUGAGCUGUAUGACUGUAUAACUGUAGAGAGAGUAAAGAUGUAGAAUGACAAUGUCUUGGUGUUUUUCUCCUUUUCUUCGACACCAGCAAAGAUCUGUCUUCUUAACUUUUAAGUAGUACCCUGAAACCAAGCAUGGUUUGAAACGUCAUAUACAGUACAUGAGUUGCGUUGCACAACAUUGACAUCUGGUGGUUCUAAACUUCUCCAAUGAACGUCCC